GCGGAGGCGAGCCGUGCGCAGCGGCGUGUGUGGGGCCGUGUGCAGACCCGCGUGUGGCGCAGGCAAGGACCCUGAAGAUAAACAGCCGCUACCUUGCGAGCCGCCUUCCCCCGGCCUGCGUCCGAGUCUCCGCUGCUGCGGACCCGCUCCGACGCCGAAAGAUUGACCUGCAGCCAUGAGCAGCAACGAGUGCUUCAAGUGUGGAAGAUCUGGCCACUGGGCCCGCGAGUGCCCUACCGGCGGAGGCCGCGGUCGUGGAAUGAGAAGCCGCGGCAGAGGUGGUUUUACCUCGGAUAGAGGUUUCCAGUUUGUUUCCUCAUCUCUUCCAGACAUCUGUUAUCGCUGUGGUGAGUCUGGUCACCUUGCCAAGGAUUGUGAUCUUCAGGAGGAUGUUGAAGCCUGCUAUAACUGCGGUAGAGGUGGCCACAUCGCCAAGGACUGCAAGGAGCCCAAGCGAGAGCGAGAGCAGUGCUGCUACAACUGCGGCAAACCAGGCCACCUGGCUCGUGACUGUGACCACGCCGAUGAGCAGAAGUGCUACUCUUGUGGAGAAUUUGGACACAUUCAGAAAGACUGCACCAAAGUGAAGUGCUACAGGUGUGGUGAAACUGGUCACGUAGCCAUCAAUUGCAGCAAGACAAGCGAAGUCAACUGUUACCGUUGUGGCGAGUCAGGGCAUCUUGCACGGGAAUGCACAAUUGAGGCUACAGCCUAAUCAUUUUCCUUUGUCGCCCCUCCUUUUUCUGAUUGAUGGUUGUAUUAUUUUCUCUGAAUCCUCUUCACUGGCCAAAGGUUGGCAGAUAGAGGCUACUCCCAGGCCAGUGAGCUUUACUUGCCGUGUAAAAGGAGGAAAGGGGUGGAAAAAAAAAAAAAAAAAACCGACUUUCUGCAUUUAACUACAAAAAAAAAAGUUUAUGUUUAGUUUGGUAGAGGUGUUAUGUAUAAUGCUUUGUUAAAGAACCCCCUUUCCGCGCCACUGGUGAAUAGGGAUGGAAGAAUGGGAAGAGUUCAGUCAGACCAGAGCGCCCGUUCUGGGUUUCUCGAAAUGUUCCCAUGUAGGAGGUAAAACCAGUUCUGGAAGUGUCUAUGAACUUCCGUAAGUAACUUUAAUUUUAGCAUAAUGAUGGCCUUGGAUUGCCUGACCUCAGUAGCUAUUAAAUAACAUCGAGUAACAUCUGUAUCAGGCCCUCAUCGAACAUACAGUUGAGUGGGAGUAAACAAAAAGUCCAACGUGCGUUAAAUGGCUAGGUGAGAGAAAUCGGGAUAAAAGCCCAAACAGGAGCUUCAUCGCAGCGUCGAUGCCGGACACGCAGAUGGUGAUGGCAAAGGUUUAGAACACAUUUUUUUUCUCAAAGACUAAAUCUAAUACCCAGAGUCCACAUCGAUGCGCAGAGUUAGCAUAAUUUGGAGCUAUUCAGGAAUUGCAGAGAAAUGCAUUUUCACAGAAAUCAAGAUGUUAUUUUUGUAUACUAUAUCACUUAGACAACUGUGUUUCAUUUGCUGUAAUCAGUUUUUAAAAGUCAGAUGGAAAAAGCAACUGAAGUCCUAGAAAAUAGAAAAUGUAACUUUAAACUAUUCCAAUAAAGCUGGAGGAGGAAGGGGA